UUUCAUUUUCGUUCGCUAUUUAAAUGUGUUUAUGUAACAAAACUUACAUGGAUGAAAUUUUGAUGCAACAAUAAGGUAGCGACAUGGAGUCUGUCUUGAGCUCUAAAAAGAAAACUAAUGGUUUUAAGUUGAUGAGAUUAAUUGUUGAUGUUGGUGGAGAAGCUUUAAGAAUAACAUUGAGGAAACAACUGUCAGGACGUACUCUGAGCGUAUUGACAAGGAAGUAUUUUUUUUGCAAAACGUUGCCAACGAAGUCAAAGAUCUGUCGUCUCACGCCACCACAAUGCUUCAAACACGUUUUAAAGAUUCGCCGUAUCUAGAGUGCAGAGACACGGGUUUUGUAAAGGCUCGAUUAUUACGUUUCAAUGGUCUUUUUAUUUCUGUUGAUGUUUCACGAAAUCAUGAUUACGUCGUAUGUGGUUAUUCUGGAUUCAUCGUGCAACUUUUUUCGUUGAGAACAAACCGAUGUUUAUGGAUAAAAAAUAUUGCUGUUCAGUUUAAGCAAUAUAAAGAGGAAGGUUUUAGCGUUGUCUUUCAUCCAUUCGAAGAUUUGAUUUUUGCUUCCCAGCUUGAUAAGGUACUAAAUAUUAAUGGUAAAAUUUCUUCAAGUCCGUUCCAUUGCGAUGAUUCUACUUCUAAGUUCUUUACCAACAAAUGUUUUUCUAAGGAUAAGUGCACAAUGGUCACUAGUUACAAACAUACUUUGACAGUAUGGGACGUUGUGAAAGGUGAGAAGAAACGCACUAUUAGAUGUAAUAAUGUUCCCUCACUGUGUUUUUCUAAUUCUGGAAGAUAUUUGUGUGUUAUUAAGAAAAAUAAAGGGUUUCAAAUAUUUGAUGUAGCGAAUAAUUACAAAAAAUUUGUUUACAAGUAUCAUUCACCGUCUUAUGACUUAGAUAAGUAUGUUGUUUUGUUCACUGUUGGUCUUCAUUCUUGGUGUUGUUGUUGGUCGAGCAAUUUAUACAGGAGAAACCCUUUCAUUGUAAAUCCCACUGAUGAGAACCUUCCUGACUUAGAUCUUGAUUCCCACACUUCAUUUUUUCCUCUUGAUCCUUUCGAUGACAACACAUCUAGCUUUUCCAUUGAUGGAAGUAGUAAGUUUUAUUUUGUUUUGAACAACGACAAUGUCCUUUUGUCUGAAUACCGACAUGACUUUUCUCUUUAUUCCAUACCGCGUGCAUGUUUAACUAACAGUUAUAGUUUUCGUAACCAGAAAUUUUGCUCAAAUGAAAAAUUUCUAUAUCGGAGCAAUAAAGAAAAUUCAAUGAUAAUUAUAUACAAUCUCAACACAUUUGACUUUGUUGUCAAGGAAUUUUUUGUUAGGGACAUGGCUGUUGUAGAAAAUGGAGUUAUUUUGCUAACGGCAAAAAAUAUUCCUGAGCUUUGGAAUAAGGAUUUGACAAAACUUGUUUAUAGUUUCGAUGAACUAAAAGUUGAAUUUAAGGAUGAGAUAAUUUACUGUAUGUGGCAUGAAGACAAACAAGUUAAUGGUUCGGAUGACGUAAUUAAGGAGGAAAUCACCAAUUUAAUCGCAGAAAAAGACCUUGCAGAGUGGAAUCGUGACAUUACUCGCUGUAUAAAUUACGCUGCUUUUUCACCUUCAGCAGAUAAAUUAUUAAUAUUUUACGUGCGUCAGUAUUUGGAAGUAUUUGACGUUGAAAACAUACAAAUUAUUUAUAGUUUUACUGAGGGUAUUCUUGAGCCAAAGUUUUUCUUUGUUGAUGACAGAUUGUAA